CACCUCGAUCUCACUCCCGUAAGAUGAAUGUCACCCGAUAGAUGUACAUGUAUAACAGUAGUUUUUUUUCUGGGCCUUUGUAGGUAACCCUGUAAAGAGUAGUUCUCGCAUUUGCGGUACUUCAGCGAUGGUAUAGGCGAGUUAGAGUAGCUGUGGCUAGCCGCGACGUUGUCGCGUUGCUGCACCACAAAUCCAAAACAUGAUGGCGUCUCAUUGUCGUUUUCUCUUGCCCUGUGCACCUGCGUCAACAAGGCGAACCUUGUUCGUCGCGACAUGCCUUCUACGACAGCUCUCGCCUUCCGAGGCAACGCGACUGUUUAAACGUGUAAUAGCGCGCCGGUCUACUUCUACUGCACAAAGGUCGGAUUCACCAUGUACAGGACUCGCAGAAAAGGAAUGCCUGGCAAAAGGCAGCAACUGCAUGUUCUUGCAGUUUGAGGGGUCUGACGCACCUUCGUGUCUGCCCUGUACACAGGGGUUAUGGCAGAAUCUACAGAAGUAGCCUUGAUGGAGGAGCACCCUCCGUCAUUGUUUCACGCUCACCGCAAAAAGGAGAAAAACUACAAUGUUCGCAUCUGUCUUCUAGCAAUCAUUAUCAUGAAACUUAAAGAUAUAGUAUUAGACCAGGUAAAUACGGAAAACUCUUCAGGGAAGUAGGCGUUGUAGGUCCAAUUCGAACCGACUGACAAUCUCAUAAGUCAUAAGAACCGGACUCGCUUGUUCACCUUUUCCAAAGUCACUUUCAUCACGAGCAGCUCCAGUCCCCUGUCCUCCGGAAAAGAGCCUGUUUGGUGCCUCCAAGGUCGUCAAAAAAUGCGACAUGACAUGCGCGCAUCAGGCUGUCCUCACCAAGGUUUCAGAUUGCACAGACGUAAGUAGUUUCACGGUGACGAGGAAUCAGUGCAUGGCAAAGGGUGACGCUUCCGGAACCAAGUGCAUGUUUGUCUCGUAUCAAACUGGGGCGGGAGACGUACAGAGGACCAUGUGAUGAUGUGCACUUCUUGUUGACAACUUGCUAUCUACAUCUACUUACAGACCAUGAUGUGCACUUCUUGUUAAAGUUGUCACAUCUACUUGUACUUCUACCAGGACCAGUCUACACGACAUGAUUUGCUUGAACUGGAAGUAGAUCCAUCACAUCUAAUCUCAUAAUUAAUCACUUGAACAACUCGAAGUGGAUUUCUACUUCCACCACAUCUAAUCUCGUAAUCAGGUUCGAAACGUUUGUGGCCCAUGUGAGGUCGGCGGGGUGGGUACGAUCGCUUGUUAUGCCGCCGGAAACCAGGGACCGGAAGCCGGAUCGACAGUGGUGGAUUGCGUUAGCAAGUUUAUGAGGAAGUUUAAGCUUGUUUUUCAAGUAGAGUUUUCUGUCUGAUGAGGGAAACAGAACAUGAAGUAAGCGGAUGCCUCACGAAGAAUCGUCUAAUAUUCGUGAGGAAGCUUGGGAUGAAGAUACCGGUAUGCCUUGUGGAGGCGUGACGCCGUGCUUUCCUACACCAAAACUUAAGGCUAGCUAGACUGGACCUCAUUUCUUUGAGGGUGGCUAUUACCAGCGUCCGUAGAGCCUCUUGGCCGGUGCUAGAUGUAGUUCUAGACUCCUCUGCUUGAUGUAGUUCUAGAUUCUUCAUCUGCUUGAUGUAGUUCUAGACUCCUCUGCUUGAUGUAGUUUUGGACUCCUCUGCUAGAUGUAGUUCUAGAUUCUUCAUCUGCUUGAAGAUGUUGUUGUUGAAUUCCAACUUAUUACUCCUCUCCUAGAGAUUAUUCCUUUCUUUGAGAGAUUCUGAAUAUUCUCUAAGUCGCCUCCAGCUGAAAUCGUCGUGACGGGCGUAGACGCGUUCGGAGUGAAGCCUAAGGAAGGUGCGCCUACCUAUUUCGCGGCGCAUGUGCCAGCACCGUACUCAGCAGCCGAUUUCAAAGCAGCUAGUGAAGCUGCCGCUGCUGCCGCUGGCUGGUGGCCUAGUAUCGAGAAGCCGCCGACCGCUCCAGUCCUGGUCUGGGGAGGUGCACCGGCAAAUUUAUGAAGAGACACAAAAUGAAACUCUCUCUCUAGACUCUUUCCCUUCAUCAUGUUCAUCAUCAUCUUCGAGUUUGUGUUCUUACUAUUUUUGAAAGAUGAAGGGAAUCAGCAUCCUUCUAAGAUUCAGCACAGGCUUGCCAGCCGACGUGACGCCGUAUUGGGCACCGGCUCCACCGGGUGUUCCAGGCUUAGCAGGAGCAUUGCCGGCGCCGGGAACCGGUUACUUGGGUGUACUGCCGGAUGAGCCGUUGCCAGCUUAGAGUUUGCGGUUGGUUCUUUUGUUACUGUAUUAGACGAGGUUGGUUCGUUUGUUACUAGGGUUGUUUGGCCCGGUUGUUCCAGUAUGGUUGUAUUUCCAGUAUUUGUCAUUUGUACUCGUUGUUGAUGUUUUUUCCAAACUCUUUUCCUAUGACGUUUUUGCGAUCUCAUUUCGAAGAAUCCACAAUUGCACACGG